UGGCAGACGACGCCUGGAAGAUAACCCGACAUCAUAUUUUGAAAUUUCGAAAGGGUGAUCGUUGUUUAAUGUUAUUGGCUAAGCUUUCUCACAGGACUUAAAACUUACAGCCUCUUAAUUAUAUUGAAAUGAAGAUGAAGGACUUCAGACUUGCAUUUUCUUAAUUCGGUUGACUAUAUUAAUUGUUAUCAUGGUUCUACUAAUGAGUAGAACUGAUUAUAUAUAGUUGAUUAAUUAGAAGGUUUUCGGGGAUUCUUGUUUAGAAGGUGAAGAACUGGGGCGCUUUAGACGAAAAAAUGGCGAACUGCUUUAUCAAGUGCUGUCGGGUAUUAAAACACGUUCCUGUUCGCAUAAUAUGUUUUUUGGUUAUUAUCCUCCACUUCAGUGUUGUUGAUUACUAUCUGGUGGAACAUAAAGACAGUACAUGGCUGGGCUUCCUCGCAGCUGACGUCAUCACCCUGUGCCUGUUUAUUGCGUCAUUUGUUCUAUCAUAUCAGCAACUCAAGGGUUCAAACACUGACACAAAGAUAGAGAAAAUUGGUGUUUGGGUGGGUGUUGCAUCUUGGUUUCUAUAUUCAGUCAUUGUAGCGACUAAGUCGGGCAUCAUUUUUAUUGACUUCGCAGAUGAUCUAGAUGAAAAGGAUUUUUUUGGUCCGAACACACUGAAAACUGCGUUGGCCUUAGCCGGAGUUAUUUUCCUUUUACAUCUUUCUUCGCUACAUGACGCUAAACCAGGGUCGGAGAGAAGAACAUACAUAGAAGAACUAUCAGGAACUGUUAUUUUCGACAUUUUGGAUUGUGUGGAUAGUAUGGAACCGCUGUUCAUCAAAGAAGAUCGCGAAGCAUUCCCGCCAGGUCUCGUGGAAGCCAUUGUGGCCGUAGCCUGUUUAAAUUUUGUUUUACCAACCGUACCCCUUCUGACCCUGUCGCAUACUAAAUUCGGACACGCCAAGCUACCCCGGCGUUUGAUCAUGAUACAUAAGAUUAUCCUGGCUUACAUUGUCAACCUCCCUCUUUUGGUCAUGAGGAUGAUUUUAUGGCAUGGACUAGAUCAUGGCGUCUCCAUUUUUUCCUUGAAGAAUGUAAUCGUGAUCGCCAUGAUAUCAUAUGAUUUUUAUGAACACCACGAGGCAGAUAUGGACAACUCGAAGGAAAAGCAUAAGGAGCACCGAACGGAGAACGGAGACGAAAGUUUACCAGCGGAUGCUUACGGAUUGGAAGAUCGUUACGACUACAAGUGAACCUUCCGAACUUGCAAACAAAAAGAGCAAGACAACUAGGUUCAAAGUUCAAGGCGUAAAACACGUACCUAUGCAAUGUGGAGAUUUGAGGACCUAUGUUGAUAUAAAGAAAGUGAAUGAAAGCCCUUUUCGACAAAAAAACCCUCCCUUCUAUCCCAAAAAAACGAAGCAUUGAAGAUGGUAUUGUAAAUAAGAAUUGUUUUUCCAUGGGAAAAAGUACAACGAAAAACGUGUUGAGGACCAAAUAGUGAUAAGUGAGUGUCAUUAAAUCGUAGGACAGAGAAGUAGAACUUUUACUUGACUAGAGUAAAAAAUGUUU